UGCAUGUUUACAAGUAAUUAGUGGCCUCUCAACUUCUCUCGAUUCACUUUGCAGCCCAACCCGAUUUUGGUCAAUUUUGAUGAGGCUUAGGCUCGUACUCAAGUCUAUAUCUGAUUGACAGUGAUGCUAGCACCGCUCACUCUCGUGCCGAACCGGCAGAAGCGAUCUGAGACAUCGAUAGCAUGUGUAUGUGAUGUCACAGCUAUUUUUAGCCGGUUCAAAGCAAGGCCAAGAGACUAUUUCGAGUUCCUGCGGAGCGGUGCUGGGAUAGACUUUAUUCCCGUUGUCACAGCUUUCUUACGUUCCGCCACUGCCUUUCUCUUUCACGUCCACUAGUGACGAUUCUCCUCUUCUUCCCUUUCAACCCUACGCACGAUGUACGGCCAAGCGCGGCCUGGGUCCGGGCCAGGGUACCCCACUCCCUAUCAGUCUUCGUCCCGCACUACCUCGUCAUCGAAUCUCCUUCCGCCGAAAGCGAGCGUCCCUCAGUCCGCAGCCAGCCGUCCGAGCUCGAUGCAAUCGCAUUUCGGCGCCUCGUCGCAAAGGAGCAGUCUGCUUAGUGGCUCCUCGGACACCCAUUCGAUGGCCGAGAAGUUUGACCUCGCAAGCGACCCAACAAUGUGGGCGACGGAUCUCCGUCCGGAGCCGGACGACGCGCUGCACAAUCCCGACCCCCGCCUCGAUCGCGGUCCUUCGCGCAACAUCUUCACCGGUCGGGGGAUGCAGAAUCUGGGGUGCCUGUUGAUUAUGGCAGCCUGCAUUGUCGCGCUCUUUCUAGGGUAUCCCCUGGUUUCACAUUUCGACAAGACGCGGCAGAAUCUGGCAGUUGCCACCACUGUCAAUGCGACAGGCCAGGUGGCAAGCAUGGGCAACUUCGGAUUGAUUGACUUGGAUACGCCGCAGGAUCUGCACAUGAUAUACGGGUACCAUGACCCGUCUCAGGAGCUCCAACUCGUGUUCAGCGAUGAGUUCAACCAAGACGGAAGGUCCUUUUAUCCCGGGGAUGAUCCGUACUGGGAGGCCGGUGACCUCCAUUAUUGGUCCACCGGGGAUCUCGAAUGGUAUGACCCGAAGGCCCUAACGACUAAAAACGGCUCGCUGCACAUCACGCUGUCUGAAGCGCCCGAUCCGACUAUCAAUCACGAUUUGAACUACACCAGUGGGAUGAUGACGACCUGGAACAAAUUCUGCUUUACCGGUGGUCUCAUCGUGACCAGUGUCCAGCUGCCAGGGUUUAACAACGUGUUCGGGUUGUGGCCCGCUGUUUGGACUAUGGGAAAUCUCGGGCGCGCUGGCUACGGCGCGACUCUGGAUGGGAUGUGGCCGUACAGUUAUGACGCAUGCGACGUUGGGACACUGCCCAACCAGACUCUCAACAACGCGCCUCUCUCGGCUACCAACACCGGAACCAACGACGGCGAACUGUCGUUCCUUCCCGGACAACGACUUUCAAGAUGCACGUGCUCCGGCGAAUCGCAUCCCGGCCCUCUGCACGAGGACGGGACGUACGUCGGCCGAUCCGCACCGGAAAUCGAUAUGUUCGAGGCCCAGAUUGCCGGAACGUCGCCGAACAACUUUGGAGCCGUUUCGCAGAGCGCACAGUGGGCUCCAUUCAAUGCCUAUUACGAAUGGUUCAACACAUCCGCUAAUCUAAUCAUCCCGGAUCCAACCAUCUCGCAACUGAACAGCUAUGCGGGUGGAAUCUUGCAGCAGGCCUCGUCUGUGGUUUCGGAAUCGAAUCAGAACUGCUACCAGCAAGUCGAUGACUGCUUUGCCGUGUAUGGCUUCCAAUACAGUCCAGGGUACGAUGAAGGGUACAUCACAUGGAUUGCGGACAACAAGAUCUCGUGGACCGCCAACGGCGGUGGCUUCGCUGCCGAUACCCGUGUCGAGAUUGGUCCUCGACCCAUCACAGAAGAACCCAUGUAUAUCAUCGUCAAUCUGGGCUUCUCGCACUCCUUUUCGUUCAUUGACUUCCAGAACCUCGUGUUCCCCGCGGUCAUGAAGAUCGACUACAUCCGGGUCUACCAGCCGCCGGACCAGAUCAACGUCGGGUGCGAUACCGCGGCGCGGCCGACGCAGGAUUACAUUAACACGUAUCUCGAGGCGUACACGAAUCCGAAUUUGACGACUUGGAAGGAUGAUUUCAAGCAGCCGGUGCCGAAGAAUAAUCUGACAUCUACGUGUUGAGGACAAUUUAGUCGCAUCUAGACAGCAUCUCGGACUCAUUUGUAUCGAUCUCACGCAUACUCACCUAGUUACAUACCCAAACGCAUCUUUGCAUAGACUGUAACAGUCGAUAUGUCAGCCUAAAUUAAAUGCCACUGGCCGAUUUCCGUGUGCUCUUUACCUGUGGA